CCGCGUUUGAUGUCAUUCCAUCAAGAUGUUUAUAACUUUAUUCCGAUAUAAGUUAUUGUUUAGCUGUGGGAACUGGAUAAAGGUGCUUUUGGUUGAGAAAGGUUGUUGUGGACAUGGUGGACAUGAUCAUGGAGGCAAUUCACACCUACCUGCUGCUCAAGUAGAGGAGCAGGGAUGAUCUAGAAUGACUUGAUAAUGGACCCCCCAGGAGCCGUGGAAGGUAGACGUUUGCAGAAGCCCACUGCAGCCAGACAGCAUGACUCCCUUUUCCAUCCAAAGGACAGCUUGAGCCAGGACAACCUCAAGCUUGGUGCUGUCUAUGACCAACUGGAGAAAAUAUCUCUUAAUCCGCAUCCGCACGCACCACACAGUCUCCACACUUCAUCCUCGCUCACGUCCAAGCUCAGUGUGCGUUGUUCAUGCGGCAACAUUGAGGAGUUAUCCUCAUCUCGGGGCCAACGCUACAGAAAUGGUACUGGCCCCGCAACCAGCACGGCAUGCAGUGAUACAGAAUCUGACUCGGACGAUGACAGCGAUGAUGAGGCCUUCUCGUUGGUUGCUGUGAUUGGGAUGCUGGUCACCGAGGAGAGGAAAGGGUCGGCAAGGCGACUCAAUGCUAUCAAGAACUUGGCGGCUUGUUGCCGUGGCGAUGCUGUCUCAGAAACUCAUUUGUAUCAGCUGGUACGCCUGACCGGAAGCACCAGCCAGCAAGUGAGGCAGGCUGCUUUCCUUGCCUUGAGGGAGGCGGCCACUGACGAAGCCAACACCAUGGCCCUCCUGCGGAUGAACAUUGUCCCUCAGCUCCUCACCCUCCUGCAGGAUAAAAUGGAAGCUGCCAGUCACUCAGCAGCUGCUGCAGUACUGGAAAAGAUUGUGACUCAUAGAAAGCUUGCUGACUAUUGGCUGGAGGGCCUGAUCACCAGGGGCCUGUCAGUGCUGAUUGGCUCCCUGUCAUCAGCCAAUCAGGCCCUGGAGACCAAAGUCGCCCUGGGCCGGCUGCUCGGCAGCCUGGCGGGCUUCUUCGAGAUCGCCGUGCUGUUGUUGGACCACUGCGUGGAGGACAUCAUGGAGGUGUGGAUGAGAUAUCCAGCAAUGAAGGAGAGUCUGACCGAACUGUUCAGACGCCUCAUACAGCACACAGAUCACACCGUCGCUGGGGUGCUAGAGCAUCGGAUCAUGGAGCACGUCGCUGUCGCUUUGAAAGAAGACAGCUGUGGUGUCCAGAUCAGAGCGGCAGAGUUUUUUCAGGCGCUGUGCGGUACCGACUAUGGCCUGUCCGCCUUCCUGGACGAAGGGAAACUUAGAGGCAUUCUCCAGGUGUUGAGAGCGACACAUUGCAGGAGGUUGCGGGAGCUUUGCGUAGCCACUUUGACCAGAACGCUCCAGCACGCCACCACCAGCCAGCUGAGGGAGGUUGCCCUGGAGACAGAGGCCGCCUUCAGCCGAGAGCCAGUCCUGGACCAGGAGGGUGGUGGAGUAAGACACGGCAAGGAGGAGGCGGGGCACUUGAUGUCAAGGAGGAAGGAGGCAAGCGGGAGAUGCGAGAGGGGAAGUAGAGUGCUCAUCAGCAUCCUGGUGGAGACAAUUCAUAAAGAGGCCAAGCUCACCUUGGACCAAAGCCGACAGAUAAAAUCCAUUGGCUUUCGGCCUGGCCAAGAUUUCUACAAGACGCUAUCGGACACCGUGUGCUGUUUGAGUUACAUGGCUACAAUGACCAUCGGUUUGCAACGUAACAGGACAUCAAGUCACAAUACCAGGGUGUCCGUUGACGGGUCAAAUGGCAAGGUGCACAAACUCAGCACUGAGGUUGUGUCAUUCAUGUUCCACCAAGGAGCUCUUUGCGUCCUGGAUCUGCUGAACACUUACACACUGCAUCUAUUCUCUGUCCCGGGGGAACAUUAUACUCAGCAACAACAGAGGAACGUUGAUGUGCUGCACCUGCAGGCCAUGAUGAAGGUGUGGCAGAUGGUGUCGCCCCCCAGUCAAGCUAACCCCCUUCCUGGAACAGAGGAGCUGGAGUUUGUGAAACAGCUCAUGGAGUGUGUGUACCUGUUUGCCAGAUGCUCGGCAGAGCUGUGGAACUGCGAAGUUGAGAAGGAAGUGAAGGCGAAAAUUGAGGAAAAUCAGAAAUGGAACAGAGAUUCAGCAGCUGUAGAUGAAACCUCCAUCGGCCACUAUCAGUACAUAAAAACAGUUGAUCAAGCUUUUCCAAGCAGCUUUAGGAUUGAGAACAUCACUACGCACCGACAGCGGGAGAAUGAAAUGAGGGAAAAGCGGACGAACAGCGUCCAUCAGUGGAAGAUGGCCUGGGGAGACAAAAAGGAGCCGAGGACACCUGAUGGAGGACUGUCCUCUUACCAUCACCAGUCCUCAAACAAUGCAUCUGGAGACUCUCCAAAAACUAUUACACCAAACAAGACACGACCUCAAUCGGCCAAGAAACGGGGCCCGGAGCCAGACCUAAAGUUUGACCUGAACAAGAGUGGUUUCAAGGAGCAAGCAAGGGCAGUGCCUUCGGGCAAACAGAGGGAGGAGACGCAGGUUAAAAGGAAUGUCCGAGCUGCUGGUUAUGCCCGGAAGAUGUCACCAGUGGUUACCAAACGAGAGCAGGAGGACAGAUCUGCAAUAGGGGAAGAGGGAAAGGAACUCCAGAAAAAAUUCAGAACAAGACUGUUUCAGGAAGGAGUUUGCGGGGCAGUGGGCCCAUGGGUAGCUUGUCAAGUGCCACAUAUCCAGGCACUUGCUGCAGAGUGUCUGCGCUGUGUCAUUCAGCCCAUCCACCUGGAGGAGAUCAAGCAACUUAGGGAGUCAGCUCAGGCUAAGGAGAGACAAAACAGACACAAAUCAAGAUCAGAUAUGGCCAAAACACUGGCAGAGCGAGACAAGAUUCUCAGUCAGGUCCUGAGUCAAAUGUCAACUGGCUCGGCCGAUGUUGUCCGAGAUGCUCUUGGGGUCAAGGGUCGGUCCGACGGAGAGGCGAUGAAGAAGACAAGCGAAGGUGCCAAGUUCAAAACAAAGCCACCAUUGAAUUCCACCAAUCACAAGCUCACAUGCAACACAGACGAGCCAAUAGGGUGGCAGUGUGCCAUCCACCUGCUGGAGGCCUGCGGAAAUCAGGCAUGGAAGGGUCUCAACAGCGAUAACGCACAAACCAGGACGGCUUGCCUGCUGCUCGUGUAUGACCUUGUGGACUUCGGCGAGACUGUCAUUCAUAUGAAGCUGGCUUCUCUUGGUGUUGUCUCAGAGCUGAUGGAUUUCCUACGCAACCACAGACAGUCUCAGGACCUCACAUUAAUAGGUGUCAUGACGUUGAAGAACCUGGUGUGGGACUACCGCCUUAAGCAGAUAUUCCUGAGUGAGGGUGGGGAGGCCCUCUUGACUGACCUCAUCAAGACCAGCGAGGGCGCCCUUCUCAUGCACCUGCAUCAGUUUCUGGAGCGCAUCACCGAAGGUCCAGGGGGAAUGCUGUGACGGAAAGCUUGUGCUUGUUGCUACGAGGAUACCUGCUUGGAAUGAACGUGAACAACCUGAUUCAUGUCAUUCAUAACGAGGUCUCGUGAGUACAUGUACACCUCAUAGCAAUCAUCACCAUCAUUCUCAUCAUCAGCGUCUUCAUCGCUGACUGGAUGUGGACGGGGACCCGACCACAAUCACAUGCUUCAGUAUUUUUGUCAAAUGUAAUUUUAUCGUGCAAUCGAGUAUGUGUUGCUAUUUGUAUCAAUAUGGUUCAACUGACCUGUAUAUUUUCCUUGAUUUUGUAAUUAUUCAAAGAUUUUACACGUUUGAAAAGCGAGAUGAUUUUUAAAUGAGUCCGAGUUUGAUUGUUAUUAAUUCCACAUCCGUCCCUAAUUCCGUCUGCCUUCAUACCAAGCAGUGAAAUAUUUUUAAAAUUAAAAAUUUUAAAAGUAGAUUUUUAAUCAUGUCUGUUUUCCUCAAACCUGAGUAUGUUAAUAUUAAAGACAGUAAAGACAGUAAACCUAAAUGUGGAAUCUGUGUCUAACUUGUUUAGUUUUGCAUAUUUUUCAAAAAAUACAAACCCGGAAAAAUUAUGGCAAAUUGCAGAUAAUAAAGGGAAGUACUUUUGACAUCAUUACUUGCAUUGGUUAAUUGGAUAUCUAUGUCAUAGUCACAGCAUUCUGAUAUUCAUCUUCACCUUAGUUAUACGGGACAAACACAUUGCAUUUAGUCUGUUUGGUUAAUUUGUCCUUCAUGGUUCUUACUGAUGAUUCAUCGUAUUAGAUGCUCUCUUCUUUCCCUAACCAUGGCUUGGCUACUGCAACAAGAUUCUCUGUAUCUGUCAAAAUUCUGCCAUGGGGUAAUAAUUCAUAUUUUAAAGUUAAGUUUUUAUACAAGAGAGGCACAGCGCUUGAAUAUUAUCACUAAUUGUACUUGGCAACAUUUAAAAUUCAGCCUUCUAAACCAGAGAGCAUUUUUCACAUUUCCAUGGGUUAUCUUUCCCCUCAUAUACGUUGUGCGAGACAGUGAUUCCACCAAAUUGAUGCAAACGCAUACCCAGCUCUUUGGAGGCCCGUGACUUCCAGUCAUAGGCUAUAAAUAUUGAUGUCUUCAUUAGCAUACUGUUUUGCAUAAUGUACUGGUAUAUUGAGACUUUUAUGGCUUUUGGUGGCCCAUUGGAAUAAAAAAUGCGCAAUUUUGAGUCAUGCCGUUGAGAGUGUCAGCACCA